AUGUGUCCUUGGGAAUAUCAGAAAAUCAAAUUAAUUCUUCUCUUAUUCAUUUCUUCAAAUAUUUCUUAUUUCAUCCGCUUUCUUCACAGACAUCAAUUUAUUUUUUUUCCUUUAGUUUCAGUUUUUUCCCUUUCUUUAGAUUUUUCAUCUAUUCUUGACCUUUUCUUUUUUAACCAUUCCUUUUUUAUUCUUCUUCUUCUUUUCCUUUUUCUAUGUGCCAUGUAUCUCUUUCUUUUUUCCUUCACUGUGUUCACUCUUUCCUUCACUCUUUCAUUCUUCAUUAUUUUUUUUUCUACGUUUUGUUAUUUUUUUCUUCAGCAAUUUUUUAUAACUCUUAUUUUUCUCAUCCAUCAAAUUCUUCCCUUUCUUUUUCCUUUUCUUCCUUUUUCUUUUUCUUUCUUUUUUUUUCCUUUAAACAUCUUUUUUGUAUUAUUUUAUUCAUUUUUUCUUUCCUUCAGCAUUUCUUUCUUUUUCUUUCAGCUUUUUCUUCCUUUUUCCUUUUCUUUCUUUUUUUUUCCUUUAAACAUCUUUUUUGUAUUAUUUUAUUCAUUUUUUCUUUCCUUCAGCAUUUCUUUCUUUUUCUUUCAGCUUUUUCUUCCUUUUUCCUUUUCUUUCUUUUUUUUUCCUUUAAACAUCUUUUUUGUAUUAUUUUAUUCAUUUUUUCUUUCCUUCAGCAUUUCUUUCUUUUCUUUCAGCUUUUUCUUCCUUUUCCUUUUCUUUCUUUUUUUUUCCUUUAAACAUCUUUUUUGUAUUAUUUUAUUCAUUUUUUCUUUCCUUCAGCAUUUCUUUCUUUUUCUUUCAGCUUUUUCUUCCUUUUUCCUUUUCUUUCUUUUUUUUUCCUUUAAACAUCUUUUUUGUAUUAUUUUAUUCAUUUUUUUCUUUCCUUCAGCAUUUCUUUCUUUUUCUUUCAGCUUUUUCUUCCUUUUUCCUUUUCUUUCUUUUUUUUUUUCCUUUAAACAUCAUUUUUUGUAUUAUUUUAUUCAUUUUUUCUUUCCUUCAGCAUUUCUUUUUUUUCCUUCAGCUUUUUCUUCCUUUUUCCUUUUCUUUCUUUUUUUUUCCUUUAAACAUCUUUUUUGUAUUAUUUUAUUCAUUUUUUCUUUCCUUCAGCAUUUCUUUCUUUUUCCUUCAACUUUUUCUUCCUAUUCCAUAAAUGUUUUUUUUUAA